AUGCUAAAUCGGAGAAGACGGCAUCAAGUACCAACUUUUCUGGAAGGUACACCAGGUCGAUAUCUAAGGAGAGAAGCGCCUCUUUCGUUGCCGACUUGUAACGGUCAUGACAAGAUUUUAGGUGUAGUUCAAGGCAAUCAACAAAUGGCUCAUUCAUCUCAAAGCUUACAGCACGUCGAAUGUGAUGUCAGUAGCAGUCGGACGCAAGGAGGAUCUGGCCGAACGAAGCCAGAAUUAUCCUCUCAGAGUUUCAAUGAAAGUCGAACAUCUAAUCAGUAUUUGUCAAAAAGAGGUCUUACAUCGUCACUUAGCAUUGGGAACGUUGUGCAGCAUGGGACGCAGGCAGUAGGUAAUGAAAAUAAUGGACAACGUAUGGUAUCUGUUUCUUUGCAAAGUUUGCCAGGACGUUCUAUAAAUGCAUCAUUUGUUGAUGAAGGCCUUGCGGUCGGAGUUACAGCGGAAGACCUCGUACUUCCUCCUAAUUGGGCUGUCGAAGUAACACCAGAAGGAAUAAGGUAUUUUAUAUAUCAAUAUUUACUAUUUGUUGAGGAUGAUGUUUUGCAGUUCUCUUUAAUAAGUCAAUAUUUGAAAGUUUUCAUUCAUUUUCUUUAUUACAUAUAUUACGUUGAUCAUAAUAAUCGACGAACUCAUUGGAUUCAUCCGUUAGUGAAAGAAAAUUUGCCGUUGGGUUGGAUAAAGCAGUUUGAUGCUGUGAACGGAGUGACAUACUAUAAUGAAUUAGAUGGACGAACACAACUAGAGCACCCAGGCUUGGCAACACCAGUAAGCUGUACUCAAAAUAAUUCUACAGCUCAUUUAACACAGCGUGCCGAAAGUACUAUUGAAAAUUUAAAUAUUAUUGGAGAAGAUAUUCCUGAUUGGAUCCGUUUAUACUCUCGUGCCCCUUAUGAGCUUGACCAUUUGUUAGAAUGGACGUUAUUUCGUUUACCGCAGCUACAACAGUAUGAUAGUCAACUGAUGAAAUUAUAUAAGCAGGAAUGCAUUGAUAUUGCUAUCAAAUAUGAACGUUUUCGGCUUGAAAUCAAUCGAGAAAUCGCCCGACGCCAGCAGAAAUUUAUGGUGCCUAUCGCCGUCCUGCAGCAGUAA